UACUGACAGUAUGGCGGCAGGGCACUGUUGGAGGGAUGCUGUUGUUGCCGACGAUGUCUCUCCACCCAGCAGAAUGUGAACGAGAUAUUAACUGCAAACGGAAAGGAAUUAAAAAGGGCCUGACGCCGUGAUCUCGUAAAUCGCCGACAUGGCAAGGCUGGCCGACUACUUCGUGGUGGUCGGUUACGACCUCGAUAAGAGGGGGGGCAGCGAGGGUCAAGGCCAGAUUCUGCAGCGGUUUCCUGAGAAGGACUGGGAGGACAACCCCUUCCCACAGGGCAUUGAGCUGUUCUGUCAGCCCAGCGGGUGGCAGCUGGUCCCGGAGAGACUGCCUCCGUCCUUCUUCAUAUCGGUGCUGACCGACAUCAACUCCGAGCGCCAUUACUGUGCCUGCUUCACCUUCUGGGAGGAGGUGGAAGACGCCCAGCCCCAGAAGAGCCUGUCCAGUGAAGCCUACGAGGACGAUGACCCCGGGCUCAUCAAACCCACCCAGCUCUACGCCCCCAAGAGCCUGGUGCUGGUGUCCCGCCUGGACCACCACGAGGUCUUCAGGAACUGCCUGGGCCUCAUCCACACCGCGCACAUCGACGGGGUGAGCGUUCCCAUGGAGACGCUGAUCGGAAACCUGCUCACCUGCAUCAUUCCCAUAGCGGGAGGGUCCCAGGUGGGUCCGGCGGAUCAGGAACAGAGCUUGAGGACGAUCACGCUGGGAGCCGGGGACCGGCAGGUGAUCCAGACGCCCAUCAGCGACUCUCUGCCCGUCAGUGGCUGCAGCGUGGCCGUGCUCUUCAAGCAGCUAGGAAUCAACAACGUCCUGUACCUGUUCUGUGCCGCCCUGACGGAACACAAGAUCUUGUUCUUGUCCAGCAGUUACCACCGUCUCACCGACGCCUGUCGAGCCCUCCUGGCAAUCAUGUUCCCCCUCAAAUACAGCUUCACCUACGUGCCCAUCCUGCCGGGGAAGCUCCUGGAGGUGCUGAGCACUCCCACGCCCUUCAUCAUCGGCGUCAACUCCUUCUUCCGCUCCGAGACGCAAGAGCUGCUGGAUGUAAUCAUCGCGGAUCUGGACGGUGGCACGGUGACCAUCCCGGAGUGUGUCCACGUCUCCUUGCUGCCCGAACCGCUCCUGCACCAGACCCAGACCGCCCUCUCCAUGGUGCUGGACCCGGAGCUGGAGGUGGCCGACCACGCCUUCCCCCCCUCCUCCACCCAGCCCUCCUCGCUGAAGAUCCAGGAUAAGGAGGUCCGGGCCGUGUUCCUCUGGCUGUUUUCGCAGCUGUUCCAGGGCUACCGCUGGUGUCUGCACAUCAUCCGGAUCCACCCCGAGCCCGUCAUCCGCUUCCACAAGGCGGCUUUCCUGGGCCAGCGGGCGCUGACCGAGGAUGACUUCCUGAUGAAGGUGCUGGACGGGAUGGCCUUCGCCGGCUUCGUGUCCGAGAGAGGCCCUCCCUACCGGGCCAUCGACCUCUUUGACGAGCUCAACGCCAGCCAAGUGGAGCGCUUCCGCCUGGAGGAGGGGAACCUGCGCAGGACGAUGAACCACAUCAAAGAGCUGGCGGAGCAGCUCUUCAAAAACGAGAACCCGUACCCGGCGGUGGCCAUGCACAAGGUGCAGCGGCCCACGGAGGGCUCGCACCUGCGCCUCCACCAGACCACCUUCCCCCACCUGGACGAGGUGACGGUGCAGCUGUUCAUCGACCACGCCGCCGCCAAGCUGAAGUCCGCUCCGCCCGCCGUCAAGGUGGAGAUGAAGUGCAUGGUGCCCAGCGGGCCCCGUCUGGAGGACAUAGUGGACAGGAACGGGAACGUGCUCGCCAACAGUGCACGGAGACUGGAGGUGGUCAGGAACUGCAUUACCUACAUCUUCGAGAACAAGAUGCUGGAAGCAAAGAAGCUGUUGCCGGCGGUACUGCGGGCGCUGAAGGGCCGUGCGGCUCGCCAUUGUCUGACCCAGGAGCUGAACCUGCACGUGCAGCAGAACCGGGCCGUCCUGGACGACCAGCAGUUCGACUACAUCGUGCGCAUGAUGAACUGCACCCUGCAGGACUGCUCCCACAUGGACGAACAGGGCAUUGCAGCCGCGCUCCUUCCGCUGGUGACGGCCUUCUGCAGGAAACUGGGGGCGGGCACCACGCAGUUCGCCUACAGCUGCGUGCAGGAGCACAUGGUGUGGACCAACAUGCAGUUCUGGGAGGCCAUGUUCUACAGCGACGUGCAGAACCACAUCCGGGCGCUCUACCUGGAGGUCAACGAGAACGAGCAGCCCUGUCCCGACCAGGAGUCGCGCUCGGCGCUGGAGAUCGCCUCGGAGCAGCGGCGCCUGUGGCCCACGCUGUGCAAGGCCAAGCAGCAGGAGCUGGUGCAGAAGGAGGAGAGCACCGUGUUCAGCCAGGCCAUCCACUACGCCAACCGCAUGAGCUACCUGCUGCUGCCGCUGGACACCAGCAAGAACCGCCUGCUGCGGGGCACCGGCCUGGCCGACGUGGAGAGCGUCAGCAACAGCUACGUCACCAACAGCAUCGCGGGCAGCAUGGCGGAGAGCUACGACACGGAGAGCGGGUUCGAGGACGCCGAGAGCUCGGACGUGGCCAACUCGGUGGUGCGCUUCAUCAACCGCUUCGUGGACAAGGUGUGCAACGAGAGCGGCGUGACCAACGAUCACCUGAAGGCCCUGCACACCAUGAUCCCAGACAUUGUCCAGAUGCACAUAGAGACCCUGGACGCAGUGCACAGGGAAAGUAAACGACUUCCGCCCAUUCAAAAGCCCAAACUGCUGAGGCCCACGCUGCUGAUUGGCGAGGAGUUCAUGAUGGACGGCAUGAGGGUCCACCUGGUCUCGGACGGACGGGACGAGGCCACUGGCCUCAUGGGGGGCCCGCCCCUUCUGCCCGCCGAGGGCGCCAUCUUCCUCACCACCUACCGCCUCAUCUUCAAAGGCACCCCCAACGACCCCCUGGUGGCGGAGCAGGUGGUGACCCGGUCCUUCCCCGUCGCCUCGCUGGUGAAGGAGAAGAAGAUCCAGGUCAGCGUGCCCAUGGACCAGUUCAUCCAGGAGGGCCUGCAGCUCCGGUCCUGCACCUUCCAGCUGAUGAAGAUCGCCUUCGACGAGGAGGUGGCGUCGGAGCUGGCCGAGGUCUUCCGCAAGCACCUGCACAAGCUCCGCUACCCGCAGCACGUCCAGGGCACCUUCGCCUUCACCGUGGGCCAGUCCGGCAAGAUGGCCGUCGAGCACAAGGGCAAGGACAAGAACCAGUCCCUGAGAACUCUUUCCAAGAACCUAGUGAAGAGCGCCAAGAAGACCAUUGGCCGGCAAUACGUGACCAGAAAAAAGUACACGCCCCCCGCCUGGGAGAACCGGGGAAGCUUCCCGCCCCAGCUGGACGAGGACGAGAUCUCCGUGUCCGAGGAGCCGGAGCAGAGCUCCCUCACCCUGUCCUCCACCAUCAAGUCCUCGGACCGGCAGACCAUGAGCAGCGUGGUGGAGCGGGCCUGUUGCCGUGACUACCAGCGGCUGGGCCUGGGCACGCUCAGCAGCAGCCUGACCCGGUCCAAGAACGAGCCCUUCCGCAUCUCCACGGUCAACCGCAUGUACACCGUGUGCCGGAGCUACCCCGGGCUGCUGAUCGUGCCGCAGAGCAUCCCGGACUCCACGCUGCAGCGGAUUUCGCGGUGCUACCGGCAGAACCGCUUCCCCGUGGUGUGCUGGAGGAACUCGCGCACCAAGUCGGUGCUGCUGCGCUCCGCCGGGCUCCACGGCAAGGGCGUGGUGGGCUUCUUCAAGUCCCCCAACGCGCCCAGCCCAGGCCCCUCCCAGACGGACUCCAGCAGCCUGGAGCAGGAGAAGUACCUGCAGGCCAUCAUCAGCUCCAUGCCCUCGUACUCCGAGCCCAGCGGCAGGAACACGCUGAGCGGCUUCACCUCCGCACACAUGAGCACCUCAGACUCGUCGGACAAGCUGCGGCAGCCCAAGAUCGGGGCCCUGAUGAAGCAGGUGAUGGGGACCAAGGAGGACACGUCCGGGACCUUCAGCAGAGGAGCCACGGUGCAGGGUCGGGCGAGGGUCGACGCCCUCUCUCAGUCUAGAGCGUCGGUGAAGACGCGAAACCUGCCCAGAGGGAAGUGGGGCAGCAUCCGUGGCAGCGGCCGGAUGAGCGCCUACAUCCCGGACGCGGGAGGCCGGCUGACGGCGAAGGACUCCCCGCAGGCCAACGGCGGCCCGCCCGAGGCCCACUUCCUGCGCCAGCAGAGGGCCUACCUGUACAUCAUCGGGGACAAGUCCCAGCUCAAGGGCACCAAGCAGGACUCGUUCCAGCAGUGGGAGGUGGUGCCCAUCGAGGUGUUCGACGUGCGGCACGUGAAGACCAGCUUCAAGAAGCUGAUGAAGGCCUGCGUGCCCAGCUCCUCUUCCUCAGACCCCAACCUGUCCUUCCACCGCUGCCUGGAGGACUCGGAGUGGAUGUGCCUGCUGCACAAGGUGCUGCAGGUGUCCGUGCUGGUGGUGGAGCUGCUGGACACGGGCUCCUCUGUCAUGGCCAGCCUGGAGGACGGCUGGGACAUCACCACACAGGUGGUGUCCCUGGUGCAGCUGCUCUCGGACCCGUACUACCGCACCUUCGACGGCUUCCGGCUGCUGGUGGAGAAGGAGUGGCUGUCCUUCGGCCACCGAUUCAGCCACCGCGGCGCCCAGACCCUGAGCAGCCAGAGCUCCGGCUUCACCCCCGUCUUCCUGCAGUUCCUGGACUGCGUGCACCAGAUCCACCUGCAGUUCCCCAUGGAGUUUGAGUUCAGCCAGUACUACCUGAAGUUCCUGGCCUACCACUACGUUUCCAACCGCUUCCGGACCUUCCUGCUGGACUCGGACUACGAGAGGAUAGAGCUGGGUGUGAUGUACGAGGAGAAGGGAGAGAGGAAGAGUCAGCAGCUGAAGUCCGUGUGGGACUACAUCGACCGGCUCAACAAGAAGACCCCCAUCUUCUUCAACUACAUGUUCGCCCCCGAGGACGGAGAGGUGCUGAAGCCCUACAGCAACAUCUCCAACCUGAAGGUGUGGGACUUCUACACGGAGGAGACGCUGGCGGAGGGGCCGUCGUACGACUGGGAGCAGGUGCAGGCGCCCGUCGAGCAGGCCGAGGAGGCGGAGAAGCCCGACACGGCCGGGCCCAAAUCCCGCCGCAGGGUGGUGUGGCCCUGCUACGACCGCUGCAGCAAGGUGGUGCCCGACGCCAUCACCAAGCUGCUCCAGGAGCUGCAGUCUCUGGAAACAGAGCUGGGCCAGGUGUCAGAGAAGUGGAAAGACACCUGGGACAAGAUCAAAGCCACACAGCGUACAGAGAGCAAGCUGGAGAGCAGGCCCUCGUUCUCCAGCUCCUUGCUCAUGUCCUCCAACCUGAGCCACCAGCGACGCUCGCAGGGCAUGUACCUGCAGGAUGGCGCCAUGGGCUCCUCCAUCAACCUGCCGCUGGACGCCGAGGGCAAGGCCACCUCCGCGCCCGCGGGCAGCAUGGCAGGGCGGCCCAGCACCAGCACCCUCUACAGCCAGUUCCAGAGCACUGAGAGCGAGAACAGGUCCUUCGAGGGGAUCCUCUACAAGAAGGGGGCCCUGCUGAAACCGUGGAAACCGCGCUGGUUUGUGCUGGACAAGACCAAGCACCAGCUGAGAUACUACGAGAGCCGACAGGACAAGGACUGCAAGGGCAUGAUCGAGCUGUCGGAGGUGGAGUCCGUCUCCCCAGGGACCCCUGCCAUGGGGGCGCCCAAAAACGUGGAGGAGAAAGCCUUCUUUGAUCUGAAGACGACCAAAAGGGUGUACAACUUCUGCGCCCAGGACAGCGCGAACGCCCAGCUGUGGAUGGACUGCAUACAGAGCUGCCUGUCCGACGCCUAGGAGCCGCCAGCGCAGGAAGUACGGUCCUCUCACCGUAGGAGCACAGACAGACCACUCCGCUGGCCAAUCACAGGGCCCCACCAGCUGCCCGAGGGGCGGGGCGUGGCGGGGCAGGGUGGGGAGGGGCCUGGUUGGGUCGCCUAGAUCAGUAUUGGUGGCAGAACUGAUGAUGUCAUCACGUCACCAUAUUUCAGUGUUUUUUUUCCCCUCUGUUUGUUUUUUAUUUUUAUUUUUUUU